UGCUUAUUUGAGUCAACAUUUAUUUGCAAGACAAAACGCAGCGGGAGUGAGAGCCGACUGGUUAAACAUUUUUUUCAGCCUUGGCCGUUGAAUGGCCAUUUCUCGCUAAUGAGAUAAAAACUGUUGACAAUAACGUUCCAUAGAUUUUGUACCGGAUUGUGUGUUUUCUUUUUCAACACUUUCAAGUUCUGUUUAUAGGUAGUUGAAAUGAAGACAAAACGCGUAAAUAGCAUAAUAUUUAUCAUUAGUGCCAUAGUUUUCUUACUUCAAGUUGUUGGAUAUUUUGCACCGGCAUGGUUUGUGCAAGAAGUUGCUGUAAAACCGGAUUCGAAGGGUAUUCGUGCGGACGGUCGUCGGUUCGAGUUGCCGUAUCUCCAAAACAUUGAAGACCUGGACAAGCCGGAUCAUGCCAAAAGUGGUGGUGACUGUACUGAAAUGCGCGAAGACAUUCCUGCUCCGGAAGGAAAUGAAAAUGUUUUGCCUAGGAAUGACAAAUCGCGUAGAAAGAGGGUAAUACCGCAGCAAAUAUCAAACACAGAAAGCGAAAAAACGUUACAAAAAACUACUCUUAAAGGUGAAGGAACUACAGUUCAGCCCAAACAUAAAGUGAAGAAGCCCAUAGUUCUAACAAUACCGGAAGCCACGAAAACCGAUCAAGAAUCAAAUAAAGGUAGCACCAUUUACCCGGCUGGAAAGGGCAAGCCAACGUUGUUAAAAGAUAUUCAUGAUACAGCAACGCAACCUAGUACAGAUUGGAACAAAAACAGGGACGAAUUUGAAGCCAACAAGGAUGAUAAGACACACAAGGAACAACGAUUUGGGAACGAAAAACAGUUUUUAUACCUCACAGCCGGCUUGUGGUAUAGUCGAGCGUGUAUAACGACUCGGAACCCAAAAUCGGAAGACGGCGGCAUCGCCGGCAUGCAGUGGUGUACACUGUAUACUAGAUUUGACGAUAAUACCCUAGAAAAGAAGCAAAAUAUGUUCGAACUAAGACUUGAGGCCACAUUCGGGAUUGUGUUGAGUGCUCUGAGCCUGCUGAUAUCUAGCACUGCGUGUUGUUCUAACAGGCACCAUGGACGUCGGGCUGUUUCUUCUCUGACGUCACUCUUUGUUUCCGGCGCUGUUACUGCCAUUCCGGUUGUACACAUCAUCAUCCAGCACGUGCAGAUACACGAGAAAAUUGUGCGAACACGCAAGUGGAUGCAUUUGACUAAAAUGAUGCACGUGCAACACGAUCUUUUCGACCACUAUUCAGUGAUACUGUGUGGCGUUGCCAGCUUGGUUUCCGUACUGUCGGCGUUUAUCUUCACACUUGUCUCGUGCAGAAGCAACUCGAAACCUGAUAACUGGUAUGACCUGAAACACGUGACAGAAAGGAAAGAAAGCAAGCACGAGUUACCUAUUAACUGGGUCCACAAUAACAAGAUUACAGUGCCGCAGGUAUCGGAGAUCAAGGAUGAAACAAGGGAUGAUUCUGAGAGUGGGUAUAGCGAGGUCAAAGAUGAAUAUACGGCAUCAGGAAACGACGCCGGCGCCGCCGAGAAUGACUUAGACCACCUCGAGUUCGAUUCCAAAGAAAUGAAGACUUUUGACAUGUAAUUUUAUGCGACAAUGUUUUGUUUUUUUUUCAAGUUAAUUAGAAGAAAAAGUUUAGGGUAAAAGUGUCAAUCAUGUCAUUCUUAUAAACGACAGAUAAGAGCAGAGUGUAACUGAAUUUACUAUACAUAUUCAGUUUGAAAAAUAACAUCUAAAGUGGAUUUUAAAGUAUCCUCUAAAAACCUACUUUUUCCUGUUCUGUCAUUCCUUUUUCCUUCGCUUAUUACACAUGUAUGAAUUCUGAAUGUGUGGAUUUGAAUUUCAUAUUAGAUAAAUGAAUAUUUAAUCAGAUAAGUCUUAUCAUUAGGUCAGCGGUAUGUUGAUCGGACCAGGAUCGAAAAGAAAAUCAUACGUAAUGAACAAUUAGAUUUUUUACUGUGUCUUCAACGGUUAGGAUGUAAGACACGUCCUAAAACGACUUCCAGGCGACUAUCCGCAGCAAAAUAAAAAGAACAGUUACUAGUCUUAAGGUAGCGGGCCCAUGAUAACAAUCGAUAACUUCCAUUAAGUUGGGGUUUCCGUAUUUGAUUUCGGCAUUUUCUGGAAAUGAUUGCUCGUAUUAACUGUAUUUACGAUCGAAGAAUGUCGAAAUAACGGACAAGAGUACGAAAUCCUACGGACAUUGCCGAUUGUUGUUAGAGGACCAUUGUAAUGAACAUUUCGUGAUGAUCAACGUCCGUUUUAUUACAAAAAGAUGAUGUCGCUGCAAAUUAAGCAUAUCUUUCGUCGUGUUAUGUAUACUUUCUCUUAGAUCUGAAGUACAUGUGUAUUUUUGUAUAGAAAAGUCCAGUCCCCAUCUUGCGCAAGUAACUACGGUAUAUCGAUAUUAACCCUAAAACGGUUAUCGGCGAAGCUACAUAUCUUACUGUCGAGCAAACGCAACGGGAACAACAACUUGGUAGAAUCAAUUUUUCAGCAUUUCAAUAAAAUGUCAAUAAAUAUAAAGAAAUCUAUCAGGAAAAUAUUGGAAGUAAGAGGAAUCCCCUACGUAGACGGGAACUCUUUUAAAGAUAAAACUUUAAACAAGGGCUCACAAAAUUUCGUAAGUUUCAUCCUAAGUUACCUCCUAACAUAGUCAUAGUGUUACAUUUUAGCUGCCACGUAUAACUACGUUGGGAAACGUGCCUACAACAUGAGCCAACGUAGUACAACGUGGCUGAAACGUGACAAAACGUGAACUGGAAAUUUUAAUUUCGGGCAUGUUCAAAAUCCGCUGCAGUUUUCAUACAACGUAUUACAGUGUGGUUUCAAGGUGGCGAGAACGUAGUACAACGUAGUGUUACGUAGCAAAAACGUAACAUGUUAACGUAAUUAUAGUAGGCUUUUUGAAAAGGGGCCCCAGAACUUCUCGUUGAAAGAGUAUCACUUUUAUCGUGGCAACUCACAUAAAUUAUUUCAAAUUCGUUACAUUACGUUAUACAUUGAUAGUUUACGUAACUAUGCCACCGGUAGAUGCUUUUAUAUUAGGUGACACAUAAUUGUAUAUAUUUUGUUAAGUUCUUCAAUUACUUGAAAUUAAAACUCCUGGGAAAAGUGUGCAUCAAAAUAUCAUACAAUAAAGUAAACAACUACUUCUAAUUGAACAGGCAUUUAACUAAAAAGCAACUAUACGCCAAACACCAUUAAAAGUGACCAAGAACGAGACUCCAUUUCGUCCCACGGACAUUGAGUCAACAUUCAAACUUCUUGUGUUUUAAUGGCGAUAAAUAUGGAAAUGCUUAAGCAUUGUCAAAAUAACUUUGUGUAUAAAACAGUACGAGUAAUAAAUCAUUAUUUAGUUAUUUUCUUUCAUUUGUUUUAAUAGAUAUAUACAUGAACAA